AGGCGUCAAUGUGAAAUUAUCAUUUCAUGUGAAUUUUUUUAUUCUAAUCUUUUGUGCGUUGCUCGUGGGUUGCGCUUGGGAAGUUGGGAUUGAGUUUCUUUAUUUCUAUAUUUUGAUUCUUUACUAACUUAGUAAAAACCGUACACAUCGUUUGUUCAUUACGAUAUUUUCUCUUAUAUACUUUUAGUAUUUUAUCUGAAAUAUUGUCUUGAAAUUGAUAAAAUGUCUUCAGUUCAGGCACCGAAACAAUGGCCGGCGCGUCCUGGUAUACAACACCAAAACAGCCAAAAUAAUGGUAUAAAUUCAAGCUUAACGCUCAAUCGUUCAAUUAACUUGUAUCCGUUGACGAAUUACACAUUUGGUACCAAAGAUCCAUUGUUUGAAAAAGAUGCGUCGGUGCCGGCAAGAUUUCAAAGAAUGCGUGAUGACUUUUCCAAAAUCGGCAUGAGGAGAUCAGUAGAGGGUGUCCUACUUGUUCACGAGCAUGGACUACCUCAUGUGCUCUUACUUCAGUUGGGGACAGCAUUCUUUAAACUACCGGGUGGGGAAUUGAACCAAGGGGAAGAUGAAAUAGAGGGGCUCAAGAGGCUGUUGACAGAGACCUUGGGCAGACAGGACGGUGUUAAACAGGAUUGGUUGAUAGAAGAUACUAUAGGUAACUGGUGGCGACCAAACUUCGAACCCCCGCAAUACCCAUACAUUCCACCCCACAUCACAAAACCCAAAGAGCAUAAACGACUCUUCUUAGUACAACUGCAAGAUAGAGCACUGUUUGCUGUGCCUAAGAACUAUAAGUUAGUGGCUGCGCCUCUGUUUGAGUUGUAUGAUAAUGCGCAGGGCUAUGGACCUAUUAUAUCAUCGCUCUCGCAAAGUCUAUGUCGGUUUAAUUUCAUUUAUAUGUAAGAUAAGAUUUGUAUUGAGAUUAUAAUAACCAGAGUGCUGGCAAGGAGGUUCAAUAACACUCCACAUCAAACCUUUAAUAUACCUACAGUCAGCUUAUCAAUAUUACCAAAUGGGUGACCUUUGAUCUAGAGCUAGGAGGAGAAACCUCGAUGAAACUCAGAAUUUGGACCGGUAUGAGGCCACACUCACACAUUCCUUUUAUAUUAACGUCAGUAUCAUAAUGGGUAAGAACCAUUGAGUCUCCACAUUGCUUUAUAAGGUUGGGAACAACUGUUAUAAUUCUAAAUAGUUUAUUUUUAAGAGAUAACCCUCACUUUUGGGUUUACCUAUACAAAUUAAAUUUCUAACCAAAAUUUAUGGACGAAGCGGCCUUUUGGGGUACCGUCCGAGCAUUCUUACCAACUGAGCCAACCGUCCGAGUGACGCAAUGACGGUAAAUCUGUGUAUAUCUUGUUAAAUGAGGUAAAUAUUGAAGUCCCUAUCACUUAGAAAUAACAAACUUUUAAGAUUUGAAAGAGCGACAUCUCAAGUCAAUUUCCUAAUAUGUAAUUGGGUUAACAGGUUAUCAACUAUAAAGUAAAUCAUGUAGAUGAAGCCACAACGUGAGAGUUGAACAAAGCAUACAUGAUUUUAUGACGAUACGUCACUCGAACGGUUAGCUCAGUUGGUUAGAUUUACGAUCCAUGUGUCACUUGGAUGAUAUUCCAGCCUUUAAUAUUCAAUUGGCUAAUCGACCUUGAUAUUUCAAUCACAUUCCUGCUUUUGGCAUUGUAUGAAUAGAUCUACGGAUCAUUUGUUGAUAUCUUUGACUAAUGUGCAGAUAAGCGUAUUCUAGAAUAAAUGGAUUUGGAAUAACGAUUGUCAUCAGCUACAUAUGAAAUAACUGAAGGAACCAACGUGCUUGUUAAGUGUUAAUUUAUUUAUUAAAAUAUACUUAAUUUUUUUUAUCAAGAAACUGCAGACGGUCUCUUGAGAAGCUUUAUUCUUCUUGACAGCACUCUUGUUAAUAUGACUUCAAUAGUUUGUAAUUCAAUAAAACUACCAUGGUGUAUAAUUAAACCCAAAUUGUUCAUUUAUUUGCAGCUUAUUACAUUGUAAUUUUGAUGGUGAGUUUUUUAAAUAUGAAUAGUUUCUAUUUACCGCGUUAAAAACCUUAAUCAAAUAAAGUUUAUACAAAAGUACGAAGUCGGAAUCUAUAUUUGCAGGCCACUAGGCUAAAGAUGAAAAAUAGCAGAGAAAAAUAUAUCUUUUUCAAUUGCAUUUCUAAAUAACACAUUUUUUUCUGGCCUUGGAUAUAUUGGUAUAAAUUCUAAUCCUUAGCUGUAAUUUUGAGACAUGCAUUAUUUGACAGAAUUAUUUGUCAUAUAAUAUUUGGAAGAGGUACCAAAAAAUGAGGUUUAAUGUGAGUAAAUUUAGACAACUAAAUGAACAUUACUUUAAAACUAAUAUUUUUUAAGCAACUGCUUAUAUUUCAGCAUUUUGGGUUUUAUUUUUAUAAAAAUAAAAGCUGCCAACCAAAGCUCGUGGGACGUAUAGUCAAAUUUGAGGACAUUUAAAACUGCAAAGAUUUGUAACUAGAAAAUCGAAAGCAAAUCCAAGUAGAAAGUACAUACAUAUGUACAUACAUAUACACAUUCAAAAAGGUUUUUACUAAACUUGCGAUUCCUUACAAGAAAAACUUCGUCACGUCUUAAACAAAAUAAAAUAAAAAUAAAAUUCGGUCAGUCAUUAUAAGUUUAGUAAAAAUCCAUGUGCCGUAAUUAGGUUUGCCAGUUUUUAUACUGGCGACCCUGAUUACGUCACUAUAGCGCAUUAACGCAUAUGACCGGAUGCGUGAGCGAGCCCGCUAUAUCGGCAAUACCGCUCCCACGUGUGUUGGAGGUUUUUAUAAUUUGUGUGUGGCGUUGAUUCAAACGCAAAAUGUAUGUAUUUUUAAGUUUACAUGAAAAUAGUGGAACGAAA